UGUGGGCACUUUUUAAUCUUUAAUCUUGAUUUUGCUGCUAUGCUCUAUAUAACCACCCUAGGUGUGAUGCCUGUUAACUAGACUCUUUUCGUUUUGUUUUUCCUUCUCCUCCUGGGUUUUGGUAUCUGCAGAGCAGCGGGUGAAACAGCAAACUAAUGGCAUUGAAGGCAUUUGCUGCUCAAGUUGAGGAGGGGAGGGAAGGAAAAGAUGGGAAACCUUCCGUUGGUCCCGUGUAUCGUAAUAUACUAUCCAAGAAAGAAUAUCCUCCUCUUGAUCGCGAUGUGACCACUUCUUGGGAUAUUUUCAGUUCAUCUGCCAAGAAGUAUCCUGGAUAUAAAAUGCUUGGAUGGCGUAAAUUUGUUGACGGGAAGGUGGGGCCUUAUGUCUGGAAAACUUACAAGGAAGUUUAUGACGAAGUUUUGCAAAUUAGCUCUGCAUUGCGGGCAUCCGGUGCUGAACCAGGCUACCGAGUUGGUAUUUAUGGAUCAAACUGUCCUCAAUGGAUCGAGGCAAUGGAGGCUUGCAAUGCCCAAAGCUUAGUCUGCGUGCCUCUCUAUGAUACUAUUGGUCCUCGUGCUGUAAACUUUAUUAUAGAUCACGCGGAGAUUGAUUUUGUCUUUGUCCAGGACAAAAAAGUGAAAGAACUGCUAAAUCCUGAUUGCGCAUCUGCUCAGCGGCUUAAAGCAAUUGUUUGCUUCACUUCUUUGACGGAGGAAGAGAAGGAUCGGGCAGCCCAAAUGGGGAUAAAAUCAUACUCUUGGGAAGAGUAUCUAUGCAUGGGAAAAGAGAAUCCAUCGGAGAUAUUCCCGCCUCAGCCUCCUAGCAUUUGCACAAUUAUGUACACAAGUGGUACCAGUGGAGAUCCCAAAGGUGUUGUGAUAUUGCAUGAAACAGUUGCAGCUUUUGUCAGAGGCAUUGAUCUAUUUAUGGAACAAUUUGAAGACAAGAUGACACCUGAUGAUGUGUAUCUAUCUUUCCUGCCGCUUGCUCAUGUCCUUGAUCGCAUGAUUGAGGAAUACUUUUUCCGGAAAGGUGCUUCUGUUGGCUAUUAUCAUGGGGAUUUGAAUGCUUUGAGGGAUGAUUUGAUGGAGUUGAAGCCAACAUGUUUAGCUGGUGUACCUCGAGUCUUCGAAAAAAUACACGAAGGUAUAAAGAAGGCAUUACAAGAACUCAGUCCACUACGCAGGAAAAUAUUCGAUACUUUGUAUGGAUACAAGCUUGGCUGGAUGAAUCGGGGUUACAGACAAAAAUAUGCAUCGCCAUUGGCAGACCUGUUAGCCUUCAGGAAGGUGAAAGCCAAGUUAGGUGGCCGCCUUCGACUAAUAAUAUGUGGAGGUGCAUCCUUGAGCACUGAGGUGGAGGAGUUCUUGCGGGUCACGUCCUGUGCCUUUGUAAUCCAAGGCUAUGGGUUGACCGAAAGCUGUGGACCAGCCACCUUGGCCUUUCCAGAUGAAAUGUGCAUGCUGGGUACAGUUGGGGCGGCAGCUGUAUACAAUGAACUGUGCCUGGAGGAGGUUCCGGAGAUGGGAUACGAUCCGCUUGGUAAUCCUUCUUGUGGCGAGAUAUGCCUCCGAGGGAAGACUCUUUUCUCUGGUUAUUACAAGAAUCCAGAGCUGACAAGAGAGAGCAUGAAAGAUGGGUGGUUCCAUACAGGAGACAUAGGAGAAAUUCUACCAAAUGGAGUUGUUAAGAUUAUUGACAGGAAGAAAAAUCUUAUAAAACUCUCUCAGGGAGAGUAUAUUGCUAUCGAGUACUUGGAAAAUGUGUACAAUAACACUCCAAUUGUCGAGGACAUUUGGAUUUACGGGGACAGCUGCAAGUCAAUGCUGGUUGCAGUAGUUGUGCUUCAUGAAGAAAACACAAAAAGCUGGGCGUACUUGAAUGGCCAUAUGGGUUCAUUCACCGAACUCUGCUCUCUCCAUCAGCUACAGGAACUUGUCCUCUCAGAGCUAAAGACUACGGCUGAAAGAAACAAGUUGAAAGGUUUUGAACAUAUCAAGGGAGUGAUACUGGAGUCCUGCCCCUUCGACAUUGAAAAGGAUUUGGUGACUGCAACCUUGAAGAAGAAGAGAAACAAGUUGGUUAGCCACUAUCGGGUGGAAAUUGAUGAACUUUAUCAAAAACUGGCCGGAGGACGAGCAUGAUCAAGUUCCAUAGAGCGUGCAAUGUUACCUCUUUAAGCCCCCCCAUAAAACGUGUAUAUCGACAAGAACCUCGUUAUCUCUCCUGCUCUUUACAUAAUUGCAGCCCUCUAAUAACGUUGAAGCUAGUAAUAACCAUGCCGGCUUUUCAUGUGAUAAUAAUGAUUAUCGUAGGUUUCGAGAUUGGGAUA